AUGAUGUUUAGACAUACCUUAGAGUGUAGAAAUCAACUAGGAAACAUACCUUUCCCGAACAACCAAUAUCUCAUUGUCUUGGAUGAUGUAUGGGACACAGCAGUUGUAGAUUUUGUCAAGAAAGCUUUCCCGAACAAUGAAUCCCAGCCCCGAGGGGACAGAAUCAUGUUGACAACUCGCCAACGACGUGUGGCUGAAGCUGUCAGCGCUCAUCCUCACAAUCUGGAAAAAUUGUCAAAAGGGGAUAGUUUUAAGUUGUUGGAACAGAGAGUUUUUGGCAAAACAAGGGAGUGUCCUAUUAAGUUAAGAGGAUAUGGAAAUGAGAUUGUAGAUAAAUGUUGUGGCGUACCACUUGCUAUAGUGGUGAUUGCAGGAGCUUUGAGAGGUUGUCUGGGUGAAAGUGAUUGGAAACUAGUCAAGGAUAAUGUGGGGAAGCACCUGUUAAACAAAGAUGACAAUAAAAGCUGCUUGAAAUUUGUUGAAACGAGUUACAAUCAUUUGCCGCAACAGAGAAAGGCAGCCUUCUUGUAUUUUGGAGUAUUUCCUCAAGGUUUUGAUAUUCUUGCUAGGAAACUUAUUCUCUUAUGGGUUGCUGAGGGGCUAAUAAAGUCCGGUCUUCAAGGCAGUAAAAUCGAGGAGGUUGCAGAGACUUACUUGAGCGACUUUGCCGGUAGGAAUUUAGUGAUGGUGAUGCAAAAGAGAUCUAACGGUCAAAUCAAAACAUGUCGGCUCCAUGACAUGUUGCAUGAGUUCUGCAUUAUUGAGGCUGAAAGGAUAAGUCUCUUUCAACAAUUGGAAUGCCUUACGGUCCUAAAAUUGAAAGAGAAUGCAUUCAUAGGGAAGAAUUGGAAGCCCAAGAAAGGAUGUUUUAGCAAUCUCCAAGUCCUGUGGAUUGACUGGGCACAAAACUGGGAAACUUGA